UGUUCCGACAGAUGCAACGGAAGAUGCUACCACAACAGCGUCUGCUGCCACGACGAGUGUGCGGCUGGCUGUCACGGUCUCACUGACAGGGACUGUAAUGCCUGUGCAAAGUUAAACGACAGUGGUAGGUGCGUAUCCGUGUGUCCUUCCUUCCAAGCAUACAAUGCUACGGCCUUUAUGUGGUACCCAGACCCCAAGGGGAAGUUUGCCCAUGAGAGGAACUGUGUGGCGGAAUGUCCA